AUGCAGACUAACGAAACAGUUGAACAGACUUGCUGGUUCAUCGUACUGGAUCGCGCGUCCGUAGAACUAGCCUACACCAGCUAUGUCGUCAACAUUGUCCUCAACUGCCUUUUCUCCCCUCCUACGAUCCUCCUGAACAUUUUGGUCAUUCUUGCAAUAUACCAGACGCCAUCUCUUCACUCUGCAUCAAACAUUCUUAUUUGCAGCCUGUCUUUCUCGGAUCUCCUCAUCGGUCUCGUGACGCAGCCUUUUUACGUGGCGUACAAAUUCUCAGAAAUCAGUGGCAAAUUCGAGGAAUUCUGCAACGCAGGGGUGCAAAUUGUUGCGCUUGUCUCAAGCUACUUCCUGGCCGGCACAUCGUUCUAUACUCUUACAGUUAUGAGUCUUGACCGAUGCCUUGCGUUACACUUAGGACUGCGUUACCGUUUGAUUGUCACGCAAUGCCGCGUUGUCAGACUGGUGGUGAUCCUGUGGGUUUUCGCUGUGUUCACUGGGUUCCUACAGCUGUAG